AUGACUCAACUCAAUGGCCAAAACCGGACGCAGAGCACGUACAGUAAUGGACACGGAAAGUUUUUCCAGGAUUUUGGCGUGUGGAAAGAGGCACCGCUGCUCAAGGGCACCACAAAGUUUGAGCCUCUGCCCGAUGUCAAGAACAUCAUGAUUACCGGCGGCGCUGGCUUCAUCGCAUGCUGGCUCGUCCGUCACCUCACUCUUACCUACCCCAAUCACUACAACAUUGUCUCUUUUGACAAGCUGGACUACUGCUCUUCGUUGAACAACACCCGUGUCCUCAACGAGAAGUCGAACUUCACUUUCGUCCACGGCGACAUCACCAACCCUACAGAAGUCGUCAACUGCCUGAAGCGGUACAACAUCGACACCAUCUUCCACUUCGCCGCUCAGUCACACGUCGAUCUGAGCUUCGGUAAUUCGUAUGGAUUCACCCACACCAAUGUCUACGGCACCCAUGUUCUGCUUGAGAGCGCCAAGAGUGUCAACAUCAAGCGCUUCAUCCACAUCUCCACCGACGAGGUCUACGGAGAGGUCAACGAUGAUGACGACGACCUCCUUGAGACGAGCAUUCUCGCCCCCACCAACCCUUACGCUGCCAGCAAGGCUGCGGCCGAAAUGCUUGUCCAGUCCUACCAGAAGAGUUUCAAGCUCCCCGUCAUCAUCGUGCGUAGUAACAACGUCUACGGCCCGCACCAGUUCCCUGAGAAAAUCAUUCCCAAGUUCACCUGCUUGCUGAACAGGGGUAAGCCCGUUGUCCUUCACGGUGACGGAAGCCCUACCCGGCGCUACCUGUUUGCCGGCGAUGCAGCCGACGCCUUCGACACCAUCCUCCACAAGGGCCAGAUGGGCCAAAUCUAUAACGUUGGGUCCUACGACGAAAUCUCCAACAUCGACCUAUGCAGCCACCUUCUCAAGGAGAUGAACAUCCCCUUCUCCACGACGGAUGAGUUCAAGAAGUGGGUCAAGUACACCCACGAUCGGCCUUUUAACGACCACCGUUAUGCAGUCGACGGCACCAAGCUUCGCCAGCUCGGAUGGGACCAGAAGACCAGCUUCGCCGAUGGUCUUCGCAUCACGGUCAACUGGUACCGCCAGUUUGGCGAGGAGUGGUGGGGUGACAUCUCUUCCGUCCUCACGCCCUUCCCUGUCGUUCAGGGUCUGGAUGUAUCCGCAGACGAGGAGCCUGUUACCGACUCUCCACUCACCCCGAGUCGAAGAAGAGAAAGGUCCUUGAGGGUAUCAAGGCAAGCAACGGUAUUACCAACGGCUCCAACGGUCACGCAGUCAGUGCAUAGGAAAUAUCCCUUCCCAUUGGCCUAA